AUUCUGGUUUGUCUCGCUGUAAAGAGAUGAAGCUGAAGCAAUUAGAAAGCCUUUUGGGUGAUCUUCAACAGUUCACCAACCCUAAGGUGGAAUUGGAGCAGUACCCAACUGGACCUCACAUUGCUUCUCGCAUGCUUUACAUGGUGAAGGGUGGAGAAUAAGGGUUGAUUGUGACAUUGUUAGUAGAAGUUCUUGCGACUUCACAUAUUUAGAAAACUAAGAGUUAGGAACUGAUAUGAAAAUGGCAGAGAAUUCGUUUGGGGAUAUUAGCAGCAAGGUAGUGGCUGAUUUUGGUUGUGGAUGUGGUUCAUUAGGUGCUGCUGCUGCUCUUUUGGGAGCUGAGCAGGUUAUUGGGUUUGACAUUGAUAGUGAAUCUCUUGAGUUAGCAUCAUUAAAUGCAGAUGAACUUGAGUUGGAUAUGAGCUUUGUUCAGUGUGACAUCAAACACUUAGCUUUGAGAGGUCAGAUUGUUGAUACUGUUAUAAUGAAUCCUCCCUUUGGAACCCGAAAAAAGGGUGCUGACAUGGAGUUUCUCUUUGUUGCAUUGAAGGUUGCAUCUGGAGCAGUUUACUCAUUGCACAAGUCCUCAACAAGAGAACAUGUGAAAAGAACAGCCUUGAGGGAGUUCAAUGCUAGCAGUGCUGAAGUUUUGUGCGAGCUCCGGUUUGACAUUCCACAGCUAUACAAGUUUCACAAGAAAAGAGAGAUGGAUGUUGCUGUUGAUCUCUGGCGAUUUGUGCCCAAAAGGAAUUAGGCCAAGGGUCAUUUAGAGUUUACUUACUAUGUUCUGGAACAAAUUUUGAAAGUUGUAUAAAGUUCAUUUGUAUAUUUGUGCUUAUUUCAAUUGGAAAACUAAGAUAAAAUUCUACCUUAAAA